GUCCAAUAAUUGACAAUAAUUGUCCUUUAGAUACAGUUAACAAAGAUUUGAUCCAAGUCUAUUUGACAAUAAUACCUAAAUUACAGAUGUCAGGACAAAAGUCAAUGCUGUAGACACAGGGCAUAUGUCACUGCUGUAACUAUAAGUCAGAGGUCUGUACUGUAUUUUUUACUCAUAUUAUACUAACAAUAAUGCUAACAUUUACUUAACUUUAUUUCACAAGUUUUAGCUUUAUUGUGUAAUAGUGCUUUAUACAAAGCCACACUUCACAUGUAACAUUUCAUACAAUUCUACCCGCAAUAGUUCCACCUUGUGGCCAUUAAUAGAACCGCAACAUAUUUCUUUCUACGCAGUAUUUAACAAUUCUUAUUGGGACUCUUUCAGAAGUUGGGCCGGCGAGCAGCAGUCGCGGCAACAUAAAAUUAAGGUGCUUUAAAAUGUAAAGUUUUUCAUACUUAAUUACUUAUUUUGACUGCAUGACACUAUGGGAUCUUCAGUCCGACUUUAUCUCCUCAGCCAAUGGCAGCGUCAGACGGAGGGUAUUAAAAUGAUGAGUCAGCAUUCAGUAGGGACAGGUAGAUGGAGGGCUGGAUGGAUGAGUCAGUGGCUGAUAUUAUCAACCUGCAGACGGGACACGUUUAGUGACGAACUCUCAAACAACAAGUAAAACCUGCUUAUUUCUUUUCUACAGAGCCAAACUGUCAGCAGCUCAUCAGGGUGUUCUCAGUUAUCUCGUCAAUGUGAAACCAAACCCCCUGAGGAGAGAUGAGCCAGCUCUGAGCUAGUUCUGCUUUUUGUGAGUGUGAUCCAACUAAAACCCUGAACGAGGAAGUUUUAUGAAGAGGGGAGGAUGGAGAACGUCUCCUCGCACAAACACUUCGUCCUCGAUGGCUUCAAUGAACUCGGAGCGCUGAGGCCCGUCCUCUUCAUCCCUUUCUUCAUCAUGUUUGUUGUGUCACUGCUGGCCAACUCCCUGCUGCUGUACGUCGUCAUUUCACAGAGAAGCCUCCACUCACCGAUGUACAUCCUCAUUGCCGUCAUGGCCUGUGUUGACCUGAGCCUCCCGGUGUUCUUUGUCCCCAACAUGCUGCUGAGCUUCUUGUUUGACUGGAGAGGAAUUUCUCUGAUUGGCUGCCUGGUUCAGAUGCACAUCAUGCAUUUUGUAGGAGGUUUUCAGUCCACAGUGCUGGUAUGGAUGGCACUGGACCGCUACUUUGCCAUCUGCACACCACUGUACUACCAUGAAUACAUGGCUUUACCAAGAUUUCUGAAGUUCGUGAUUCCACCUCUGUUCAGAAACUUCUUUGUGAAUACAGUAAUAGUAACCCUGGCAGGAAGGUUGUCAUUCUGUUUUGGGAACAUGAUCAACCACUGUUUCUGUGAGCACAUGGCCUUGGUGGAGCUGGCCUGUGGAAGUACUGCCAUCAACAGCUUGGUGGGGUUGAUCUCAGUGUGUCUCGUCAUUGUGGUCGACUUUAUCUGUAUUGCUGCCUCUUAUGUGGUGAUAAUCAGCUCUGUGCUCAAGUCUGGCAAAUCAGGUAUCAAAGCGCUCCACACCUGCAUCACCCACAUUGUGGUCAUCACUGUCACCCUCACCAUUGUACUUAUUGCUUUCCUGUCAUAUCGCAUCAGAAAUGGUCUUCCUGCAGCCAUUCGGGUUUUCUUCAGCACCAUGUACAUGCUGUUCCCUAGCUGUUUCAACCCAAUAAUUUAUGGCAUCAGAACCACUGAGAUCCGACAGCACAUUGUGAAGACACUGACGAGCUGCCGCUUUGUACAGACUGUGCUCCAUUCUUAAGAAACUGUCAUUUAAAAUGUCUCUACCCAUUUCCAUUAGGGAAAUAAAAAAUACUCAAUAAAUAAUGACAAAAAUGGAAGUUCUUUUAUCUUACAUUAAUUAGAAAUUAUGAGAUAGGUAUUUGAAUGUCUCUUCUUUAGGAGUUCCCCAGGGUGAGCGGCGCCAGGCAAGAGUGGGGAUACUCAUGAGCCCAGAGUCCACUCACUCCCAUUGUCCCCACCCAGCAGUGCCACUGCAAGGACAAAUGUAGAACACAAACCAUCAACUGGACCUCUACAGCAAGUAACUCAUAGCAGUUAUAGUCAAGGCUGAGAAUAUAGCUGUUUUGUUAUCGGCAAACCCUGUGCUUCUUUUGGGGAUUACAAUGGUUAAAGGUAGGUGCCGCAAGGACUUUAGUAUUCAUUUAAAUUAUUAUUUAUUAUAUUAUUAUUACUUUGAUAAUUUUGAUCAUUUUCAUAGCCAAAAUGAAUACAUUUUUCCGUGUCCCUUUUGAACCAUUGUAAUCCCUGGCAAAUGGUGCCCUGUGUGAGGUAUACUACUGUUAGUAGUUAUUCAUAAUUGUGCAAUGUUGUAAUUUUAGGCCAAUUUUACGUAAAAUGUUAGGUUUUUCUUUGCUGCUAGCUGUUUAAGUUUAUAUAUAUACUGUAUAUUAGGCUUUGUCUUUAUUAGAUAGGACAGCUGAAGAGUUAUGGGAAAGGGGGGGCAGAAGGGGAUGACACUCAGCAAAGGGCCACAGGUUGAACUCAAACUCAUGCAGCAAGGACUCCACCUUGGCACAUGGGUCAACUCUACCAGGUGAGCUAUAGGGCGACCCCUAGCUGUUCAAGUUAAACCCACUCUGUAGGAACUGUAAUAUUUUGUUUCAGCAUUCGAAUCUCACAAAUUGAAUGCAAGCUAGCCAAACUAUCAGAAUGUCCAUUGAAUUAAAGUCUUUUUAGGUGUGCCGCUGUCCCUGUGAACCUUAGGGAGCUCAUGCCUGGCAGUGUUCUGCGUGCAUUUCAGCCUGAGUAAGAAACAGAGCCUGAAAAGGUAGCACAGCAUGCUUCCAGCCCCAAGAAAUAUUAAAGUUAUGCACCUAGUUGUUACAGUCAUGUGUUCCAGCUUGAAUAAACUUUAAAGAGACCAUA